AAAAAUAGAACUGACACAUCAAAGAUACUCUUCAAAGACCUGCAUUUUCAGGUCUCGGCACUUGUGACUGAGCAAGAAGCAAGUUAACAGCAUGGGUGGUCAAGCCUCUGACCCCAAUAUCUUGUGGAACAUAAACAUUUCUCAGAGUCAUGUCGCAAUUAACUGACACACCACAAACUGAAAUUCUCGGACAUUCUGGAGGUGUGUGAUGAGAUAAAGUAUCUUCAAAAUAGCCCAAUGUAAGGGUUUCCUGUUCAAAUUUUAAGCGACAUGUUGAUGAUAAAUCUACUUUUUCCACUAUUCCUCACUCUGACUGCUCACAGGGCUGGCAGUCUGUGAAGACCACAGAUACUGUGGAUACAAGAUACAAGAGUAACUUGGUCUCCCCCUGGAAGAUGCCCGACUCUGGCCAACAGAAGUUUCCAUACAGCACAGGCCCUGAGAUCUCUCAGUGCUGAAAUGAAUAACCAGAGAGAAAACCUCUCAGAACCAGAUCUGUUUAAGAACUCAAGAAGACAACUGUCAAAAGAGAAGCUCAUUGCUGGGAUUUUGGGACUCUCCUGCCUUGUCUUGACCUAUAUUGUAGCAAGAAUGAUAAGUUCUCUUUCCUGUAUUAGAACACCACAGCAGGACAAUUCGUACCCAGUUACAAGAAUCCAGAAAUCUGAUCCAUGUGGUCAUUGUCCAAAAGAGUGGAUUACAUAUUCCAAAAAUUGCUAUUACAUUAGCACUGUAAGAAAACCAUGGAAUGAGAGUCGGUUGUCCUGUGCUUCUAAGAACUCUACCCUGCUCUCCAUAGAGGAUGAAGAGGAAAUGUAUUUGUUCAGCCUCCUCAUUCAUUCUUUAUGGAUUAGUAGAGAUUCCCAGAACAUCAGUAUUAAUUCAUCUGUGUGGCCAAAAGUUUCCACCUCCUUUCCUAAAGUGUCAUCGAUUUCUUCAGAGAGUGACAAGUGUCCCUUUUUCAACUCUGUCUCAAAGAAAACUCUUUUUGGCUCCUGCUUGUAUCAAAAAAUAUAUGUUUGUAAGACCCGGGCAUUUUAGUUACCUAAUAUUGGUAUCUAUUUCACCAGCUAUAAAGCUAUCUCACCAUCUGUAAAGAAUGUAUUUCUCAUUUCUU